AUGGUCCAAAAUAGAAAAAUUCAAAAGGGAUCCUAUCGAAGAGGAGUAGGGGAAACCCAGAGAGGUGGGCCAAAUUAUGGCCACACACACAGGAGGCAGGGGGGCAGUUACCAGCACAACGGUAGGAAUACCAAAAUGAUGCAUGAAAGAAAUUUACAAAAUAGCUCGUUCACCAAUUUUGAAGAAUUAAGCAAAAAACAUACCUUUCUAAAUAUAUUUUUACGAAAAAAUACUAGUGGGAAAUUAUUUUAUGAUUUUGGAAAAUCUCUAGCUACUUACUUCCUCAGUAAAGCUACCCUGAAGGAGUACUACGACCUCAACUUUUAUAUGCCAUAUGUACAAUCUAAAGCACUGGAUGGGACCUUGGAGCACAUAACUGUAGUAUCGAAAGGUGAAGAUGGAGACUACGUUACUGUUCAAGUGAAUGAUAUAGCCCAGUUUAAGAAUACACUGUUAAUCAUGUAUAAUGAGUACAACCACAUGUUACUCAAUUUGACAAGUGAAAAGGAACAGAGUGAGUUGAUCACAGAGAGUACCUCCAUUGAGGAGGAAUGUACGGGCAAGGAAAACUACCUUUGUCCGAAUAUUCCAGGCAGAGCUAAUUACAUACACUAUAUAGCUGACUUGACUGCGCUUCGGAACGUUCCCGGAGAAGGGGCCUAUAGAGGGACCAAACAUGGUGAUCAUCCUGGCGAAAGGAAUAGCCAAGGGAUUGGCGACAUGACUAUGGAACAGCUAGACAAAUGUGUACCGCACGCGCGGGAGACCAAUGACGACGAGAAGGACACUCUACUGUGCAGCAGCCAAAUAAAAGUACUAGACAUUGGGGUUGGCUCAAACUGCAUAUACCCACUACUCGGGAAUUCCAUAUACAAUUGGUCCUUCGUAGGGGUAGACAUAAACUUAGAUUCUUUGAAACUCUGCUACUUAAACAUUUUACUAAAUAACAAAGAAAACCUCAUAGCGCUCAAGUAUCAAAAGGAUCCCAGGAAAAUAUUUAAUAACGUUGUAAAUAAUACAGACUUUUUUUUUUUCUCCAUGUGUAACCCUCCAUUUUACAGUUCCUUGGAUGAAGUUAACAGAAACCCCUUUCGAAAUAUCGGUGCCCACGUGAACGAAGUGGUUUAUUUUGACACCGAACAAGUUCCCUCUACAGAGUCGCAAAAGGUAGACGACCAGAUUGGCUCCGUGGGAGAGGAUAAAACAAUGCGUAGUGAUCAGAUCGAAGAAGAUAUGGACAAGCCUCGAGGGGCGAAGGGUGAUAAUCUAGAAACCAAUUCGCCCUUUGGUGUGUCCUACAAUGGUGGGGAGGAACAUUUCAGUGGGAUCAAAGAAGACAUGGAUGAGGGCAUGCAAAUAAGUGAAAUAGGAAGUGACAUACCUAACCAUCGUGUCGGGGGAGAAUACGGUUUUAUCCUAAAUAUGAUUAAGGAAAGUAGGUCCUAUUUUUACAACGUAGUCUGGUUCACCACUUUGGUGUCCAAAUUUAAAAAUGUGAAAUUAAUAAAAAAGGAAAUAAUAAAGUCUAUGCGAUUGUACAAUAUAGAUAACAAAAAACAAGUCAAUUUUCUGGAUGCCCUUACACGGAAUGACAUGCAUUUUGAUGAUCAACUCCGUUUGCAAAAGGUAGAAAGGUGUUCCUUCCCGGUGAAUAUAGCGCAGUAUCGAAUUUUCGAGUCCUACACUGGUAGAAUAACCAGAUGGAUCGUUUGCUGGUCGUACUACGGAGAGGAGCACAUCCAUCGCGUGAAACGGCUGCUCCACGCGCGAAUUUGUAAAACAUGA